AUGGCGCUGAAUAGUCGUGUUUACCAACAUCUCGCUCUUUCCGCUAUUUUCUUUGUGCUAUUCUUUGGUUUCUCAACUGAAGUUAGGUAUGAACCAAACUGGAAAUCCCUCGACUCUCGCCCGCUUCCUGCUUGGUUUGAUGAGGCUAAAGUUGGAAUAUUUUUGCACUGGGGGGUGUUUUCCGUCCCCAGUUACGGAUCGGAAUGGUUUUGGUAUUACUGGAAGGCUAAACAAACACCCAAUUAUGUUGAGUUCAUGAAAAGAAAUUAUCCUCCCGAUUUUACAUAUGCGGACUUUGCACCGAAAUUCACAACAGAAUUUUUUGAUCCUAAAGCGUGGGCAACUUUGUUUGAAAAAGCUGGAGCAAAAUAUGUUGUUCUAACAAGCAAACAUCAUGAAGGCUUCACAAAUUGGCCAUCCAAAGUUUCCUGGAAUUGGAAUUCCAUGGAUGUCGGUCCACACAGAGACCUUGUUGGUGAACUUGCUAAAGCAGUCAAGAAGACCUCUGUCCGUUUUGGACUUUACCAUUCCCUAUUGGAAUGGUUUAACCCACUUUAUUUAAAAGACAAAGAAAAUAAUUUUAAAACUCAAGCAUUUGUUAAGUAUAAAGCCAUGCCAGAAUUAUAUGAACUGUCAGAUGAUGUUUAUUGGAAUUCUACCAAUUUCUUAGCUUGGCUUUACAAUGAAAGUCCUGUAAAAGAAACUGUGUGCGUAAAUGAUCGCUGGGGCAAUAAUACUGCUUGUAAACAUGGUGGCUUUUUUAAUUGUCAUGACCGAUACAAUCCUGGAACUCUGCAAAAAAAGAAAUGGGAAAAUGCAAUGACUGUUGAUCGGUACUCUUGGGGUUAUCGCCGAAACCUUCAACUGUGGCAGUUGCUUUCAACAGAAGAUAUCAUUGAGCAAUUAGCAAAAACAGUCAGCUGUGGAGGCAACCUUCUGGUAAAUGUGGGACCCACACAUGAUGGACUCAUUCCACCAAUAUUUCAGGAACGUCUUUUGGAAUUUGGCUCCUGGUUGAAGUUAAACGGAGAAGCAAUUUAUGGCACCAAGCCUUGGACUUACCAGAAUGACACAGUGACAAAAAAUGUUUGGUACACAUCUCGGAGAGUCGACCAUAGUAGCAUAGUUUAUGCUAUUGUCUUGAAAUGGCCUGAAGUGCAAACACUGCAUCUUGGCUCUCCCAAAUUUCAUAUUCUGGACGCACGACUUGUUUCUUUCGCGACUCGUUCCAUCAUGGCUACUGUGUUGACAUCGCGCUGUUUACCCCGGUUCGCCAGACAAAUUAGUUUGGUGGCUAGUAGCAGCAUAAACAAUGUCCACCGCAAAUACCAAACAAGUCUAAUAAAACAACAAGCAACUGCUACUGAACCAGCAUCAAAACCUUCCAGACGCCAUGUUAUUACCAUGAUUCCUGGAGAUGGAGUUGGUCCCAGUCUGAUGACCAGUGUCCAAGAUGUCUUUUCUGCUGCUGGUGUACCUGUGGACUUUGAGGAAAUUUUUAUCAGUGAGGUUCAGCCUGGACAAAGUGCCAGCACUAACACAGUUAUCGAGUCUUUCAAGAGAAAUGGUGUUGGACUCAAAGGAAUCAUCGCCACACCUGCUAACUCAGUAACAGGUGCACUGGAGAGUCUUAAUAUGAGACUGAGGAGGCAACUUGACAUAUUUGCCAAUGUAGUUUGGAUCAAAAGUCUUCCUGGCAUCAAGUCUCGUCAUUCAAAUCUGGAUUUUGUGGUGAUCCGUGAACAACAAGAAGGAGAAUACAGUGGCUUAGAACACGAGAGCAUUCGCGGCGUUGUUGAAAGUUUAAAGAUUAUUACCCGGGACAAUUCUCAUCGGAUUGCAAAAUUUGCUUUUGAUUAUGCAAUGAAGAACAACCGGAAAAAAGUGACAGCCAUCCACAAAGCAAACAUUAUGAAACUUGGUGAUGGCUUAUUCCUGGAGUGCUGUAAAGAGGUUGCUGCCAUGUACCCAGACAUUCAACUGGAGACAAUGAUUGUGGAUAAUUGCUGUAUGCAACUUGUGUCCAAACCAGACCAAUUUGAUGUUAUGGUUCUUCCUAACCUCUACGGCAACAUUGUAGAUAAUUUAGCUUCUGGUCUUAUUGGAGGUGCUGGUGUGGUUCCUGGCGGUAGUUUUGGCCAUAAUGUUGCUAUUUUUGAACCUGGAGCACGGCAUCCAUUUGCUGAGGCAUUGGGCAAGAAUAUAGCCAACCCCACGGCUAUUUUACUGACUGCCUGCCGUAUGCUUCGUCAUAUCCACCUCGAUUAUCAUGCCAAUGUCAUUUCUAAUGCAGUCCUCAAAGUCAUCAGUGAUGGCAAGGUACGAACUCCGGACAUAGGAGGUUAUUCAUCAACAACAGACAUCACUUUGGCUGUCAUUGACAAUUUGAAUUUGUGA